UCCCUGUCUCGAUUCAAAACAGAAACAAUGCUCUUUUAUGUGGAACAAUUGAAUUGUCCAAGGUACAUAUACUAGCGAACAGAGGCUCUGUCCUCGAACACCAACUACAUCUCUUUAACAAGCGAAACAUUCUCUUUGGUUCAUUUACGCAUAUAAAGAAAGGUGCCUGCUCGAUAAUUCGUUUCGCAUCAUAUCUCAUCAUCACUUAACCAUUACUACACACACAAGCUAUUCCCCGUCAAAAUGUCACCGCUAAACAAAAAAUACGAUGCGAAGUCCUUGCUCAAUAUGAUCAAGAAUGAGGCAUUGGCCUUCCAACGCCCACAUUCGUCUAGGCUACAAGAACUCGUAGCUUGCUUCAACCAUUGCCAGCAGGAGGCAGCAGCUAGAAGCCCGGUUUUAGAGCAGCUGAAAGAUUUGAUUUUGCGGUUCAUGGAACUCCUUGAUACAUGUUUCUUCUUCGAGACUCUGAGAAAGAAAUCACAGAGCGGGCAGCCUACGAUCCUUUUGCUCAUUAAGGACGAUUACUCUACCGUUGAUUCGGUAGGAAUAAGGGGGCUCUUCCGGGGGGACGAGGAAAGCAUAACGAUCUAUCUGCGAGAGUUACCCAAAGGGCGCCCAAAAAGAUACGCUAUCGAGUGGGUUCUACAUACCUUGCUACAUGAAUGUGUACAUGCCUUUAUUCACCUAAAUUGUGACGAGAGCCAUCCCAAGCACUACGAGCGAGUAGAGCAGAACGGGCAGCAUGGCUCGAUAUUUCGUGACAUGUAUCGACUUAUUAGUGACAGGUUGAAGGAGCUGUUCGACUCUCCUGCUUUCGACCAUGCACGCGAGAUGGACCCCGAAAUUGGGACAUUCAGGUACCAAGAUAGUGUCCCCGGCGGUCCUCGUCCUGCGUCUCCCCCUUACUUUCCUCCCGGCGGCCCACCGAGCGGCCCGCAACCAAGCCCCUUCCCGGUUCAUGGUGGCUUUCCUGGCGGACCUCCUCCUCGUGGUCCUCCUUGUUAUUUCCCUCCUCCUGGAUACUUCCCUCCGUCUGGUGGUCCUUUUCCACCUCGAGGUUUUCCUCCUGGACCCCCUGGUGGUUUUCCGUACUAG